AUGGCGGCCGAUUGUCCAAAGCAUGCCUGUACCGAGGAUGCCAUUUGUUCUCGGGGUAACUGUGUACCUGUUUUAGAAGAAAAGAUUUAUAAAGACUGUUCAGAUAUUGUGAAAAGAGACCCAAGCAAGAAUGGACAAGAUGGAGUUUACGUUAUUUAUGCUGACAAACGGAGAGAAGUCUUCUGUGACAUGACGACAGAUGGAGGAGGAUGGACGGUCAUUCAGAAAAGACAGGAUGGUGACGUCGAUUUUUACAGGACAUGGAUAGAGUAUAAAGAUGGAUUUGGGAAUGCCUCUAAAAACUACUGGAUAGGGAACGACGCAAUCCACUCUUUAACCAAGGAUCGGAACCAAAAACUUCGAAUUGAUCUGAAGAGUUAUAACGGAGAAGAGAUCUAUGCUGAGUAUAGCACAUUUUACAUCGGAGAUGAAGACAAUAAAUAUACACUGACAGUAUCUGGAUACAACGGAACAGCAGGUGACAGUAUGACGUAUCACAAUGGAAUGAAAUUUACAACCAAAGACCAGGAUAAUGAUAUGAGAAGUUCUAACUGUGCUAUACAGUAUCACGGGGCCUGGUGGUACAACGAAUGUUACGCAUCGAACCUGAACGGAGAGUACGCCCAGUCAGCCGUCUACGGGAAGCAGUACAUGGUAUGGUAUUACUGGAAAAAUACUUUUGAAGCGCUAAAGAAGACUGUCAUGAUGAUCAGACCCAAAAACUAACGUUUAUCAGAACUGACACAUUCCCUACAUUUAUAUGUUGUUUUUUUUGUCAAACAAAUAGUUACAGUGUCAUUUUCUUAUUUCACAGUAUGAAUUUUUCUUUUAACUUGUAAUGGAAUUUAUUAGCUUUCAUUUUCUUUUCAUUCAAUAUUUCGAACUGAUUUAAAAACGAUUUCAUCAGUUGAACACAUAAUGGAAUGAGAAUCAACCCUGAAGAUCGGGGCAAUGAAAGGAAAUAGUUACAUGUUUGACCAUUC